CUAAGUAAUACAGCUUCAUGUUUCCACGACUUUUCAAAUCCGCAAAUUUGCAACGUGCUUUAAAUCAAUUUGUCAAUCCAGGCCUACCCUAGAUCCCUAUUCGGCGCAAAGCCAUGAUCCACUUGGAACUCUGGUGCUUUACCACUUCCUAGGCGUCCGCCCGCGAUGCCCGAGCAGCCACCACAAUCCUUAUCGCACGCUCAAUCCCUACGAGAAGAUGCCCUAAGACGUCUAUCAAGAUCACCCCAUCCAUACCACAAGCAGAAAUUUGAACUAUCCCAUGCCUCCGAGAGAUUUGGCCCUAAUGCACCUCCUACCCGGUCGCCGUUACGCUCCACACAAAAUACCGAUGAUGAGGAACAUGAUGGACAGAGGCGGUCGCCAGAAAGACAACGUGAAUCGACGAACAGUGAUAGUGGCACCGAGGCAGAUGAUGAACAUUGCUUGAAAGGACUACCCGCGCCGAAGCUACGACCGCACAAGGGAUUGAGGGGUCUAGACGGGUCUGUGUCUGACACGUCGAGCCCUCUGUUAACACCGGCGAUAAUAGAUGAAGUGAUAGGCGGUUCAAGGAAAACGAGCAUAUCAUAUGACUCUCUGACAGAGGAGGAUGUGUGGAGAGUGGUGGAAGCAUUUCGACAGAAGCAGAAGGCCGAGAUUGUGAGGAGGGUAAUUGAAGGUGGCAUACUGGUUUUUGUUGGAUCGAUUCUAUGUUUCAAUCCAGAAACCAGAGAGCUCCUCUUGUUAUGGAAGAGAGAACUGAUAUGCCAAAUCCUCGUCAUAACUUUCCUCCUAGCUGUAUAUCCCCUACGGUUGUUACGCCAUAUAAACCCUGAACGACCAUGGAAACGACCACUGCCAUUGGCAAUUCCAGCAGGCUUCGAUCCUGCCCCUCUCUUGUAUCCUCCUGCCAUCACCAUACUUGUAUCAAUGCUGCUCUUCGUCAAGAAUCCCACCGGCUUUCUGCCAGGCAUCAUUCUAUCAUUAUCUUCACUUCCCAGGGAGCUGAUACCAUCGAUUGGGGGACUUGAUGGCUCUAAUACUCUUCACUGGGCAUUUUCUUGCUUGCCCCUUUUCGCCGCCGAGACUGCCGAUACUGCCAGCAUCAGAGCUGCACGUAACCAACAGUUAAUUAAGUUAGACCCCGAAGUCUUAGUGUUAAUACCGCCCUUGCAUCAAGCACUAUGUGUAACUUUACACUACCUGACAACGACCAGCCUCCUCCCUGCAGAGUUACAACUCCUCUCAAUCGCGUUGAUAGACCUGCUGCUAUUGGCAUCUUCACCGCAAGCGGUCAUUCUGAAGGCACUGCUUUGGGGCGGUGGACUUGGAGUUCUGGUCACUUGUGUGCAUGUACUUCGAUGGGGUGUAGCUUUGGCAAGAGUACCAAAGUGGCGCUUCAGACGGACAAGGAACUCAUCUAAGCCUUUACGCGCACGAAAGUGCCUGUCGUUCGGCAGGUUUGGAGCCUCUCUCUUUGCGAGGAACGUAGCUGUAAGCGAUUCAAGUGAUGAGGAAGAUGUGCUGGAAGCCUCACGACAGCAGCACAUAUCAAGUGCCCGCCGGCUGUCAACCAAAGACAUUGGUCGUGGAGAGAAUGAAGUUUUUGAGAAUGGUGCAAUAUCGGCCAUUGAUAAUCCUCCCGGCGGUAGCUUUUCAUGGACUCAAAGACGGCAUACGCUACCAACUAUGACCAAUUUGCCAGCGAGGUCAAGCCAAAAUACACCCUCCGGUCGAAAAAAGAGAUCAACCUCAUCCAGCAUUCAAUCGUUCUUCCACCUUACGCAAUCCCAGGCAACUGUAAGAAAAUGGCUCUAUGCAGGAUACGUAUAUGCCUGGGUUCUGGUCAUCAUCUUUGUGGGCAUCAGAGACUAUAUCCAAAAAUUUGCGCUGCAGGAAAAUGAACCUAUAGGAUGGGCUCUUGGCUAUCUCCUUGGUGAUAUCUCGUGGUUCAGGAUGGAGGUUGUCACCGCCAACCUUCAACGAUGGAUAUGUCUCCCCGCUCGCAGUGGCUUAGAGAACGAGGAAUCCUGUCAUCUAGGGUGGGUCGAACACCUCAGACAUGCGUCUUUCGGAGAAGCCAACACUCGAUUGAUAAUCAGCGGAUACUGGCUAGCAAUUAUUAUUGUAGGCCUCGCGAUUGUCUUCCGUCUCUCAACGAUCUACGAGGUCGAUACCCGCCGCAAAGUCUUUCAUUUCAUGAUGGUAGCUAUGCUUCUCCCGGCCACAUACGUGGAUCCAACAUUUGCAGCAUUGGCACUAAGUCUAGUGCUCUCAAUAUUCCUUCUCCUUGACCUCUUCCGAGCAUCACAACUCCCUCCUCUCUCCAAAUCCUUGGCGUAUUUCCUCACUCCUUACGUAGAUGGACGAGACCUCAAGGGCCCUGUUGUAAUAUCACAUAUUUUCCUUCUCAUCGGCUGCGCCAUCCCACUCUGGCUAUCCCUCGGCUCUCUCCCACGGAUCGGUCAGAACUACCUUGCCGGCUGGGAGGUCCCAACUCGCGAAGUCAGCAUGGUCUCGGGAGUUAUAUGCGUUGGUAUGGGCGACGCGGCAGCCUCACUAAUCGGGCGCCGGUAUGGGCGGCGGAAAUGGCUCUGGCGCGGCGGCAAAAGCAUUGAAGGCAGCAUAGCGUUUGCUACUGCCGUGGGACUGGCGUUGGGGCUUGCAAAGGCGUGGCUUCGAAUUGGCGGAUGGCCUGCUAAUAACGAUGAUUCAUGGGUGAUGACGGCGUGGAAAGCGGGUGUUGCGGCGGGCGUAGCGAGCUUGACCGAGGCGGUGCUUACGGGUGGGAAUGAUAAUGUUAUCGUCCCCGUAGUACUUUGGCUUUGUGUUAAGGGGUUAGAUAUUUAGAUCAGAUCCUCAAUUGAUGAUUGGGUGCAAGGCAUCCAGAUACCCUCUU